AUGAAUCACUUUCUCCGACGGUGGAGCUCAUCGCAUUCCAGGUGUUCGAUAAAUUUCGUGAACGAGUCCCACCCAUGGAAAAACCUCUCUUCCCGGCAUCUUUGUGGAUCAUCAUCUGAAGAUCGCGAAGCUGUGUCGUGGAAAUCAUUGCCGGGCCUCGUCAAGUGCCCCGCAAACCACGCGCCGCUGACGCCCAUAAGCUUUCUAGAAAGAGCUGCAAGAGUUUUCAGAGACAGAACAUCGGUUGUGUACGUUCACUUGGGCCGAGACCCACGCGAGGUGCCUCAAGCUCGCUUCUGCUCUGACCCAGUAGCAACCCUUGCCCCCAACGUUCCCGCCAUGGUGGAGCUCCACUUCGCCGUUCCCAUGGCCGGAGCCAUCAUCUGCACCCUAAACACCCGCCACGACCCGGCCAUGAUCUCCGCCCUCCUCCGCCACUCGGAGGCCAAGAUCCUCUUCUCCGACCACCACCUCCUCACCACCGCCCGAUCUUCCCUCGAAAAAACCCUCAAACCACCGCCCAUCCUCGUCCAAAUUUCUGAUAACGCCCCUUCCCCCGACACCCAUGAUUACGAGUCCCUCAUUUCCUCCGGAGUCGACGAGUCCUUCGUCCCCCUCCGACCCGAAUCCGAAUUCGACCCGAUAAGCAUAAACUACACGUCGGGCACCACCUCCCGACCGAAAGGCGUCGUGUACAACCACCGAGGCGCGUAUUUAAACGCGCUCGCCACGUCAUUCGUCCACGGGAUGACCUCGUUCCCCGUCUACCUAUGGACCGUCCCAAUGUUCCACUGCAACGGUUGGUGUCUCGUCUGGGGCCUCGCGGCCCUCGGCGGGACCAGCGUCUGCAUCCGCAGACCCUCGCCCGACGUGAUAUUUGACCAAAUCGCCCUCCACGGAGUCACCCACAUGAGCGGCGCGCCAACCGUUUUGAACGCAAUCGUGAACUCGCCCGCUUCUCGAAAGCCGUUGCCCCACAAAGUCGAGAUCAUGACGGGCGGCGCGCCUCCUCCGGAGCCUGUCCUAUUAAAAAUCGAGGAUCUCGGUUUUCGGGUUUCUCACUUGUACGGGCUCACAGAGACGUACGGGCCGGGCACGUGGUGCGCAUGGAGGCCCGAGUGGGACUCGUUGGGUCGAGACGAGCGGGCGAGGCUCAAGGCCCGACAAGGGGUCGGGCAUUAUUGCCUAGAGGAGGUCGACGUGCGGGACUUGAGUGACGUGGUGAAUAGUAGCGUGCCGGCGGAUGGGGUGACGAUAGGGGAAAUCGUGUUUCGGGGGAACACGGUUAUGGCCGGGUAUUUAAAAGAUGAAAAGGCGACUCGAGAGGCUUUCGCGGACGGGUGGUGGUUUAGGAGUGGGGAUUUGGGGGUGAAGCAUGCGGACGGGUAUAUCGAGGUGAAGGACAGGUGGAAGGAUGUGGUGAUCACGGGAGGGGAGAAUGUGUGCACGGUGGAGGUGGAGAGGGUGAUUUACAGGCACGCGGCGGUGGAUGAGGUGGCGGUGGUGGGGAGACCGGACGAGCAUUGGGGAGAGAGUUUGUGCGCGUUCGUGAAGGUGAGGGAAGGGUGUGAGUCGGAGGUGGGCGUGCGGGAGUUGAUGGAUUUUUGUAGGGAAAGACUGCCGCAUUAUAUGGCGCCAAAGACGGUUGUGUUCGGGGAACUGCCGAAAACGAGCACGGGUAAGGUUCAGAAGUUUGUGCUGAGGGAGAGGGCAAAGGCCAUGGGGAAACCGGACACCAUAAACAUGGGUGUCAUCUUGGACGAGGUAAAUCCAAGACUUUUUGAAUCGAGCAUGGUGAAGAGGAUAUGUGAGGAUACUUUGAUGACUUGGACAAACAACUUUAUUUUCCUGUCGAUGAUAAAACGAUCGAUAUCUCGAAAAACAGAAGAGAACUCAUACAUUUGGAGAUCACCAUCAAAGGGCUCUAUCUAACAUGUGGUGCUAACCUCAUACU